CAACUCCCCGGUCCCUCCAUCCAUCACUUCUCCCAGAUCACUCAGCACCCACCGGUGGGCCACCAGCGAGCAUCCGGAGCGAAAAAUCCCAAGAUGGUCUCGAUCUCCAUCCAAACCGUGCUGAUCAGUGAAAGUGUCGACCCUCGCUGCAGGACGAUUCUGGAAGAAAAUGGCAUCCGAGUCACGGAAAAGCAGAACAUGAGGAAGGAUGAAUUAAUCGCUGAGAUCAAGAACUAUGACGGCCUUGUGGUGAGAUCUGCAACCAAGGUAACAGCUGAUGUUAUCAAUGCUGCUAAUAAUCUCAAAAUUAUUGGAAGAGCUGGGACCGGUGUGGACAAUGUGGACGUUGAUGCCGCCACCAAAAAGGGUAUUAUUGUCAUGAACACGCCGAGUGGCAACACGAUCAGUGCUGCUGAGCUGACAUGCACCCUGCUCAUGAGCCUCUCAAGAAAUGUGCCUCAAGCAGCAAUGUCAAUGAAGCAAGGCAACUGGGAUCGCAAGAAGUUCAUGGGUGCAGAGCUGUACGGCAAAGUGCUCGGAAUAGUUGGACUUGGAAGAAUUGGAAAGGAGGUCGCCUCAAGGAUGCAGUCAUUUGGCAUGAAGACUAUUGGCUAUGAUCCAAUCACUCCUCCAGAGGUGUCAGCCAGCUGGGGGGUAGAGCAGAUGUCUCUGGAGCAGCUCUGGCCCCAGUGUGACUACAUCACUGUUCACACUCCCCUAUUGCCCUCUACUGUUGGUCUGCUUAACGAUGAAACCUUUGCCAAGUGCAAGAAAGGAGUGAAGGUUGUGAACUGUGCAAGAGGGGGCAUCAUUGAUGAGGAGGCUCUGCUCAGAGCUUUGGAGUCUGGACAGUGUGGAGGAGCAGGCCUUGAUGUCUUUGUUGAGGAGCCACCUAAGAACCGCUCACUGGUGGACCAUCCCAACGUCAUCAGCUGCCCUCACCUGGGAGCCAGUACAAAGGAGGCUCAGGCUCGAUGUGGCGAGGACAUUGCCCUGCAGAUUGUGGACAUGGUGAAGGGCAAGAACCUGGUCGGAGCAGUAAAUGCUCAGGUCUUGGCCAGCACAUUCACCCAAGAAUCAUACCAACUGAUCAAACUCGGAAAAGCCGUUGGUGCCCUGCUUCAAUCUUUCAGCGCAUCUAAGAAACCAUUCAGUCAUGUCCAAAUCACAACUCAAGGGGAUUGCAUGAAGUCCUCCUCUGGUUACAUGACUUCAGCUGUACUGGUGGGAUUGCUAAAUCAUGAAUCAGAAUGUUGCCCGAACCUCAUCAGUGCACUCAGCCUAGCUAAGGAGACUGGAAUCACGAUGAACCAAGCCCACUGUGCCUCUGAUGGGGCCACUGAAGAAGUGUGCAAGGUGGAGAUCGUAGCCAAUGGCUGCAGCUACAAAGCCAGUGGUUCGGUUCAAGGUGGGGUGCCUGUCCUGCUGGAGCUGUGCGACAGCGUGUUCAGACAGCCGAUCUCUCUCACUGGAAAUCUGCUGUUCUUUAAGGCCCCUGCAAAUCCACAACUCCUAUCCUCACUGGCUGGACUGCUGGCCACAGAGGGAGUGGAGAUUGAGUCUUUCGUUGCUCCUGCAGACCGCUCUGGGGAUCUGUGGUAUUGUGUGGGGGUGUCCUCUCUCUUGACAGAUCUCAGUGUCUUGAACUCUUUGGUGAAGGAUGCAGCGCAGCUCAGUCUUUAAAGCACUUACAGAGUCACUCAAUAGCAUUCAAGAUGUGAGAACUGUAACAUUUUCAGGAGCUUCUAAUAUAAAUGAUCCAGUCUUUGUGUUUACAGCUAACAACCUGUUUAGAAGUUGCAGUUUAAAACUUGCAUUGUCAUAACAUUUCAGUGUUUUGAUGUUUUAAUUAAUUUGCAGAAGUAGAAAUUAAAUAAAAAUGUUUGUCAUGAGC